AUGUCAGUGUUUACCAAGUCUACACUGAAACAUCCAGUAAAUGACAUCCAACCUUACAUUUUUUUGUUUGUUUGGGUUUUUUUCCAUCAAGAGAUGAAAAAAAGGCAACAGGUCAUCUAUGAGACAACAACAAUUUAAGCAAAGACAAGAAAUGUUGCCUUUGCGCAGAGAGGUCUGGUGUCAGGAAGACAUUUUUAAACAUAGGUAAAUGAUUAACUCCCCGAGCAGGCAAUAGAUUCAAAGGCAAACCAAAAAAAAGAUUCAGUACUUGUGAACUGAGCUCAAAAUGAGAGUUCCUGUAAAACUCUUCGGAUUCAGCCUUUGGUGGUUUUUCUUAAAUUGUGCCCGAUGUCAAGUUUGCCCCCGAGAGGACAUUAAAUAUGAAAACACAGAGCUAGCUGAGAAAGCUUCAUACACUGAUGGCCAAACAGUGAGAGUGACCUGCAUUACGGGUUAUACCGGCUUGUAUAAAUUAAGGUGCGAAAAAGGAGUGUGGAAGGAAUCCAUUAAGCGGCCAUGUGCAAAGAAGAAAUGUAGUCAUCCAGGCGAUGCCCAAAAUGGUGAUUUUUUACUUACAGAGGAGACAGAGUUUGUUUUUGGAGCGACAGUGGUGUACACUUGUAAGAAAGGGUAUGAAAUGACGAGCAGAAUCAAUCAGCGUACCUGCAGAGCUCAAGGAUGGGACAAUGCUGUUCCUGUCUGUGAGGCUGUAAAAUGUCCAGCGGUUCACACAAACGUGGAUGUAACCGCAACAGGAAACACAGAGGAGGGAAGUUAUGGUGAUGUUGUUCAUUUUGAGUGUGUGUCUUCUGACAAAAAGAUAGAGGGAAGUAGUGACAUUCACUGCAAAGAGACAGGCGAAUGGAGUGAUGCUGUACCAACAUGCAAAGAAAUAACUUGCACAGCCCCUGUCAUAUCAAAUGGAAGUAUUGUUGAGCUACAGGCAAAAUACCUGAAAGAUGCCGUAUUAAAAUACAGUUGUGAUCCACGGUUCAAACCCAGAGAGGGAAUCCCCAGAUGUGGUAAAUUUGGCUGGACUCUGAACCCAGAGUGUGAUGAAGUAACUUGUGAGCUGAAGACAACUAAAUUAGGAGUAAUCAGCAUCUAUCCAGAGGGGAAAACUAUUUUCAAAGCUGGAGAGAAAGUGAUGAUUACCUGCUCUGAAAGACACUGGCUCAUUUUUACAAAAGAAACCAGCAAAUUAUUCACGUGCCUAAAUAGUGGAGAUUGGGAUCACAUGACUGAGUGUGCAGAGAUUAGUUGUGAAGUUCCACAUAAUCAGCAUGUGUAUUAUCCAAGCGGUUACUUUAGAAGAGAUUUGAGACUUGGAGUGAAAAAAACAUACAGAUGUGAGUCUGGAUAUCGUGAAACAGCAAAAGAAGCAACAUGUACACCAGACGGAUGGACGCCAAACCCACUGUGUGCUGAGAUUAGAUGUGAAGUUCCACUUGACCAGCAUGUGUCUAGACCAGACAAUUACUUCAGAGGAGAAAUGACAUUUCAAGCAAGAAGAUCUUACCGUUGUGAGUCUGGAUAUCGAGAAACAGCAGAAGUGGCCACAUGUACACGAGACGGAUGGACACCGAACCCACUGUGUGCUGAGAUUAGAUGUAAAGUUCCACUUGACCAGCAUGUGUCUGAACCAAACAAUUACUUCAGAGGAGAAAUGAAAUUUGAAACAACAAGAUUUUACCGUUGUGAGUCUGGAUAUCGAGAAACAGCAGAAGUGGCCACAUGUACACGAGACGGAUGGACACCGAACCCACUGUGUGCUGAGAUUAGAUGUGAAGUUCCACUUGACCAGCAUGUUUUUAGACCAAACAAUGACUUCAGAGGAGAAAUGAAAUUUGAAGCAAGAAGAUCUUACCGUUGUGAGUCUGGAUAUCGAGAAACAGCAGAAGUGGCCACAUGUACACGAGACGGAUGGACACCAAACCCACUGUGUGCUGAGAUUAGAUGUGAAGUUCCACUCGGCCAGCAUGUGUCUAGACCAGACAGUGACUUCAGAGGAGAAAUGAAAUUUGAAGCAAGAAGAUCUUACCGUUGUGAGUCUGGAUAUCGAGAAACAGCAGAAGAGGCCACAUGUACACGAGACGGAUGGACACCAAACCCACUGUGUGCUGAGAUUAGAUGUGAAGUUCCACUUGACCAGCAUGUGUCUGAACCAAACAAUUACUUCAGAGGAGAAAUGACAUUUGAAGCAAAAAGAUUUUACCGUUGUGAGCCUGGAUAUCGAGAAACAGCAGAAGUGGCCACAUGUACACGAGACGGAUGGACACCAAACCCACUGUGUGCUGAGAUUAGAUGUGAAGUUCCACUUGGCCAGCAUGUGUCUGAACCAAACAAUGACUUCAGAGGAGAAAUGAAAUUUGAAGCAAGAAGAUCUUACCGUUGUGAGUCUGGAUAUCGAGAAACAGCAGAAGUGGCCACAUGUACACGAGACGGAUGGACACCAAACCCACUGUGUGCUGAGAUUAGAUGUGAAUUUCCACUUGACCAGCAUGUGUCUAGACCAGACAGUGACUUCAGAGGAGAAAUGACAUUUGAAACAACAAGAUCUUACCGUUGUGAGUCUGGAUAUCGAGAAACAGCAGAAGUGGCCACAUGUACACGAGACGGAUGGACACCAAACCCACUGUGUGCUGAGAUUACAUGUGGAGUUCCGCUUAAUCAGCAUGUAUCCAGCCCAGAAUGUCAUUUCAAAGAAAAAAGUAAAUUGGAAGAAAAAAUCAAAUCUUACAGUUGUGAGUCUGGAUAUCGUAAAGCAGCAAAAGAGGCCACAUGUACAGAAAACGGAUGGACACCAAACCCACUGUGUGCUAAAAUAACUUGCGAACUAAAGUUAAAAAAUUUUGACGUGGAUAAUCCAGAUAAAAAUACUUUCGAAGUUGGAGAAGGCGUCGUGAUCACCUGCUUUGAAAACUACUGGAUCCUUAGUACAAAAGAAACCAGCAAAUCAAUUACGUGCCAGAAAAAUGGGCAGUGGGACUUCAAGCCUGUUUGUGAAGAAAAGAAAAACUGCCUUCAUCUAUCUAUCAUAAAUGGGUUCAUAUACAGUAACUCCAAGGAAGAAAUAUUUUACUCCUGUGACAGUGGUUUUAAAACACUAUCUGGAAGCUGGUGGGAUUCAGUAACAUGCACUGAUGGAUUGUUGUCUGAGGCCCGCUGCAUCCGGGAGGAUGAUUGUGGUGCUCUUCCCAUUGUUCAACAUGGAAAAGUAAUCACUUUAGAUGAAAACAAUGCUGAAGUAGAUUGUGAUCAAGGUUUCAAAGCAGAAACAAAACAUAUAAAAUGCGUCAAUGGUACAUGGCAGGAUCCAGUUUGUAAGAUGGAGUUGUUUUGUGGUAUUCCUCCAAAGGUGAAAAAUGGAGGCAUAACAACUAAACCUAAAAAAAGGUAUGCCAUUGGAUCUUCUGUAACCUACAUUUGUAAAAGGUCAUUCUCAAUUAUUGGGAGUGAAAGAGUUACAUGCAGUGAUGGAAAAUGGAAUCCAUUGCCAAGUUGUGAAGGUGAGCAGGGAAAGUCUACGGCCGAGGAAUGGGAGAUGAGAGAGGAGAAAAUUGUCAUAGAGAAAGUCUAUGCCAAAGGAAUGGAAAACCAGGAUUAUAGAGGGGGAGGAGGAGAAAACUUUGGCAGGCUCUGUCACGACAAAGAGAAUGCAGUCAACAGAAAUCAUUCUGAAAGUAGGAAGUUGAAAGCACACCAGAGACCUGAAGAUGUCAGAGAUGUGAAUGAAGACGGAGACGAGCUGAUGCUGUAGCAACAAAAUCCCCCUUUAGUCUGAUACUUCAAUCUACUUGCAUAUUUUACAUUGUUAACUUCAAAAUAAAUUUUGACAUUCAAACAAUUA